AUGACUCCAAAAGUUCAGGAGGAGAAUCCGCUGGCCCCUUUUGUCAAACUCUCUUCAUCUGUUUACCUCCAAGACCCUGUUGAAGCUGCUGGUUACUCUGGGAAGCAAGCCAGAGUUAUAGUUCUUGCUUUCUGGAUGAACGCUUCCUCACGCGCACUAGUCAAGUAUGUCGUCGAGUAUAGACGCCUGGCGCCCUCGGCCAGAAUAAUCUUCAUUCUCAGUUCCUCAAACGAUUUCAUGCUUCACGCUUCGCAGAAGGCGCAGCAUGUCCGACUUGCUCCAGCUGUGGAGGCCAUCCAGGCCUCCGACGUUCCUGAAGGUCCGGUGUUUCUGCACAUGUUCUCAAAUGGGGGCGUCGCUUCGACCACCCAUUUCCUUACAGCGUACCAGAAAGCAACAGGAAAACCGCUGCGUGUUUCAUCGAUGAUCAUAGAUAGCGCGCCUGGAAAUGCGACAAUCUCCUCUGGUCUCAAGGCGUUUUCGUUCGCGCUGCCCAAGAUGUGGCUUUUGCGCUAUUUGAGUAAAUUCUUGCUGUUUGUCCUCCUGGCAGUGGGGUAUCUGGCACUAAGACUCACCCGGACUCCUGAUGCUGUGAGCCGUGCUCGAAAUGCGAUAAAUGAUCAUGGCCUGGUCCGGGGAUCGAGUCAGAGUAAUAGCCCGGCACGUUGCUACAUUUACUCCGAUGCGGAUGAGCUAGUCCACUGGAGAGAUGUCGAACAACAUGCCGCGGACGCGCAGACCAAAGGUUGGGUGGUUCAGUGCGAGAAGUUCCUCGGGUCACUGCAUGUCUGCCAUAUGAGGUCGGAUCCUGAACGGUACUGGAACAUUGUGAAGACAUAUCUUGAGUGGUCUGCAUCGAAAUAA